GUCGCGCGGCGGCCAGCGAGGCGCCCUGGAGGAGCCCGAGGCCGAGGCCGCGGCGGGGCGCGGCGCGCCGGACGCCGAGGAAGACGAGGAGGAGGCGCUGCCGCACUCCGAGGCGGUGGACGUGUUCCAAGAGGGUCUCGCCAUGGUCGUGCAGGACCCGCUGCUCUGCGACCUGCCGAUCCAGGUGACCUUGGAAGAGGUCAAUUCCCAAAUAGCACUAGAAUAUGGCCAAGCGAUGACAGUGCGAGUGUGCAAGAUGGAUGGAGAAGUAAUGCCUGUGGUUGUAGUACAGAACGCCACGGUCCUGGACCUGAAGAAGGCCAUCCAGAGGUUCGUGCAGCUCAGGCAGGAGCGAGAAGGGGGCAUUCAGCACAUCAGCUGGUCCUAUGUGUGGAGGACGUACCAUCUGACCUCAGCGGGAGAGAAGCUCACAGAAGACAGAAAGAGGCUCCGAGACUAUGGUAUUCGGAAUCGGGAUGAGGUGUCCUUCAUUAAAAAGCUGAGGCAGAAAUGAAUCUCCAGGCGUGGACAGUUACACACCAGUGGCUGAGAUCUUCCCCAGCAGGAGGAAGCCUUGGGCCACUGUCUCCUUUUCACAGAAGAGUGUUGAGGUGGCCUCACCCCAGCUGCACCCAGCUGGAACAGUCAGUGUGAACCCUGGGCCCAAACAUCCUAUUAAUCACAUGGCUGGUUGCACAGAGCUAUGGGCCCGGCACCUGUGCACAGAAUGAAUCUAGGUUCUUAGUUUGAAAAGCCAGAAAGACAGUCCCGGGAGCAGGAGGGAUUAGCAGGGCCCCAAGCACUGUGGCCACACCAUGCAACCGUGUCACAGCGAUCUCUACGGCAAGGAGAAAAUAAAAGUAGAGGCCAGC